AUGGUUCAAAAUGCUGAUUUAGUUAAUUAUCUUGGUUAUCCUCAUAAAGGUGCCAAUCAACUUUCGAUUAUUAAAGAACCCAAGUGGUAUGUAUGUAUUUCUCAUUAUUGUUGUUGUUGUCGUUUAUUUCUAGGACACUGUGGUCAUACAAGUCCCUGUGAACAAUUGUGUUACGAAAUCCAUGAUGGCAUGUACGAAUGUGAUUGCAUCGAAGGUUAUGAACUCAAUAAAAACGGUUAUAGCUGUCAAGUGAUAAAUUCAAGUGGCAGCGGUGAUGGUCAUAGUAAAUCUGAUGAAGAUGUCCUGUACCAGAAGGGUGCUUCAUUCAGUGCCAAGUUGGCCAAUAAUGAUAACAAUGAUGACAAUCACUUAACAUCUGGUUAUUCAUCGUCAUCAGGCUUAUCCUCAGGCUCAUUGUCGUCUUCAUCAUCCCUGUCUGGGGAAUCGGGUGAAGAAGUAGAUAUGGAUGACUCAAAUUAUCUCAAUGACGAUUUGGACACAUUGUCUGCCCAAAGGCAAAAACUCAAUUCUAAUGAUUAUUACAUAUCAAACGAAAGUAGUGGUGGCAUAGAUGCUGGUGGUGGCGCUGGCUACGAGCAGAGCAAUAACAACAAUCCCGAUAUAAUCGACCAACAACAUGUGGUGACAAUGUCAACCACAAAACCAUUAAAUCUCUUGCUCUAUCGCUACCGACAAAGGGACCAACAACAAUCAAUAGCUGGCAGUUCAACCGCAACUACAACAUCAUCUCCCUCGCCAGCAGCAGUAGCCACAGCGACCACCUCAACCACCACAACGGAUGUUAUAUCAAAUAGCAAUAUUGAUGAUUUAGAUGAUUACUAUUCUAAACAGGACAUGUCAAUCUAUGAUGAUGUCAACAACAAUCAAUUAAAUUUAAGACCUAUCAGUCAUUCAACAUAUCAGCAACAGUCGCAGCAGCAGCAGCAACACCAUAUUAAAGUAAGAGUACCCAAAUUUUCAAAACACUCAUGGUUGGCCUUUCCCGCCUUAAGAGGAGCUUACAAACAUGUACAAUUACGUAUAGAAUUCCGUCCUGAAUCAUUUAAUGGUAUAAUACUGUUAAGUGGAGAACGUGAUGAUUUAACGGGAGAUUUUAUGGCCCUAUUGUUAAAUAAAGGCUUUGUGGAAUUCUGGUUCGAUUGCGGCAGCGGUGCUGGCAGUGUUCGCUCUCGUGAAACUAUACUAUUAAAUGAAUGGAAUUCUGUGAUUAUCUAUCGGCACAGAUGGGAUGCUUGGUUGGUAUUGAAUCAUGGCACCAAAGUUCAAGGCAGAUCAAAUGGUCUUUUCUCCAGAAUUACUUUCAGGGAGCCAGUAUUUUUAGGUGGUACGGGUAAUAUUACAGGCUUAGCAAAUCGUUUGCCCAUAACAACCGGUUUUUUGGGAUGCAUAAGACGUUUUGUUGCCAAUGAACAUGAUUAUAAAUUUGAAGAACAUCCUCUAGGAGAUGUAGUCAAGGGAUUUGAUAUACAGGAUUGUGUUACCGAUAAAUGUUUUAAAUAUCCUUGUCAACAUGGCGGCAAGUGUUUGCCCUCAGACCAAGGAGCAGUUUGUUUGUGUCCUAUAGGUUUUGUAGGCGAUUUAUGUGAAAUACGAAUGGACUUACAGGUUCCCGCUUUCAAUGGUUCCUCCUUUUUGCGUUAUGCUCCUUUGGGUGAUAGCGCUUUAAUAUGGUUAGAGUUAAAGGUAAUUCUUAAACCAGAGUUGUCUGAUGGCUUAAUAUUGUAUUCGGGUCCCAAGCGUCAUGGCGACUUUAUAGCUUUGGCUUUGAGUAAUGGCUUUGUAGAGUUUACUUUUGAUUUGGGUAGUGGACCUGCUGUAGUAAGGAGCCAGUACCCUUUAAGUAUUGGUCAGUGGCAUACCAUCAAAGUGUCACGCACUGCAAGAUUAGCAGUUUUAAAGAUUGACCAAAUGCCAGAAGUAAUGACUAUAUCUUCAAAUGGUUUUUGGCACUUAUCUUUGCCAGAAAAUCUCUUCGUAGGUGGUGUAAAUCAUGUUGACAAAUUACCAAUGGAUUUGAAAAAUAAACCUUUCUUUAUGGGUUGUAUACAACGUAUUGAAAUAAAUGGGCAUUCACUGGCAAUUGUGUCUGAAGCCUUGGGAGGCUCUAAUAUAGGCAAUUGUCCGCAUGCUUGUGUGGCAAGACCUUGUGGUCCAUUGGCAGAAUGUGUGCCACAAAUGGAGAGUUAUGAGUGUCGUUGUAGUGCCUACAAUGCCCAAUGCAAUAAAGAGGCCGAAGUAUCGAUAGAAGAAUUACAAAAGAAUAAGGCAUUAGCCAAGAGUAAACAGCAUGGCACACACAAUGACUUGAACGACAGGGAAAACUACAAACAACAACUGCAACAGCAGCAACAUCGAAAGGGUAUUAACCAUAAGAAAUUUAAAAAGCAACAGCAAAUGAUGUGGCACAAGCAGCAGCAACAACAUAGCAAAACCACACAAAAAACCAAGUUAACAACCACAGAAAGAGCAACAACAAUGUCUACUACAACUACUACAACAACCACAACUGCCGCACCAACAACAACAACAUUAAAUUGGCAAGGAUUCAACAAUAUGCCAGAAGACAACUUUAUGUUUGAUGAGGUGCCGGAAGCAUUGCAACACAUUUUAGACAAAGUAAAUAACGAUAAUCGAGCAAAUGAUGAAGACUUAGAUUUGGACGAUGAGGAGGAGGAUGCUAUGGAUGAUGAUGAUUUAGAUGAAAUCGAGGAUGAUAUUAUAUUCCGUGACAUUAAAGCUAUGCAUGAAAAGCAACAGCAAGAACAGCAACUUGAGCUGCAGCAACAAAAGUUAAACAGAGCAACAAAAGAUGUUUUAAAUAAAUCAAAAAGCAACGUAAAAUUACAACGAAACCGCAACAAACGUAAACAUUCGCCAACAACUUCUAGCACAACUACAACAACCACCACAACAACUACAACAACACCACAACCAAUAGCAUUUAACGCUAAAAAAUAUCUACACAACCCAAAACAGUUUGACACCAAACCAGAUCCUCAUCAUAAGACACCCAUUAUGGAUAAACCACAACAUAAAUUAAGUCGUUUACCCACACACUACGAAAGCUUUCAGACCAAUACGGGAAGUGACAUUUUAACCUUUGAUGACCCCAUGGCUUUGGAAAAACAGUGGCAGGAAUAUGAACAAGUGUCAAGAGAGAUAAUGCAGGAACAGGAAAUGAACUUAGAAUCAAAUGAAGAUAACGAUGAAUUUGAUAAUACAGAUAACGAUGAUGACGACUGGGAGGAGCCUACAACUCCAGCAGUGGAAACACAAAAAGAAGAAACUUUUGUAAUGGAUGAAUCGCUAUUUGAUGAUAACGAUGGCACCGAGGACUAUCAACGCAAACAGCUGGCUCAGGAUAUGAAACGUAUUAUGGCCAAUACCAAGGGUCCCUAUGUGCCCAAACAACCUAGAUUGAUUAUAACCGAAUAUGACUAUAGUAAUGAACACUUUGAGACGAAUAGUGCAGACAAUGAAGAACAAGAAAAGAAAUCCUCCCAAUUGGAUAACACCCAAACCCAUACCGAUUGGAGUUUACUGAGUAAAUUCGAUUUACCCUCUAAUCAAAAUCAUCCCAUAGGUGUACGUAAGAAUUUUGGCGCCUGUUUCGCCGGUCAGGAUAGCUAUUUCCAUUACAAUGAUGCCGAGACUAUGAGUCAAAUCAUUAGCUAUAAUAUCGAUUUGAAUUUGAGAAUAAAGACGAGAUCGGAGAAUGGUGUUAUUCUGUGGACUGGUCGAGUGGGCACUACGGAUCAGGACAGUGAUGAUUAUUUAUCGCUGGGCAUCGAGGAUGGUUAUCUACACUUCCGCUAUAACUUGGGUUCUGGUGAAGUGGACAUACGUUUUAAUACCACCAAAGUUAGUGAUGGUCUCUGGCAUCGUGUGCGUGCCCUAAGAGACUCUCAGGAGGGUUAUUUAGAAGUGGAUGGUCGCAAGAGUCUAACCUUGCGAUCACCGGGUAAAUUACGUCAAUUAAACACCGAUACAGGUUUAUAUGUUGGUGGCAUGCCCGACGCCAGUUACUUUACACGCCGAAGAUAUUCCAGCGGUAUUGUUGGCUGCAUAUCAGAAAUCGUCCUAGCUGGAGAGUUAAAAAUGAACUUUGAUCCCAAUACAUUGGGGACGGCACACAAUGUUGAAACAGGCAUACUUUGAAACGUCCACUCGACGUUUCCUAACACUUGAUAUUAGUUUAAAUGAUUUUUUUUUAGAUUUUUAUUUGCAUAUAUAGAACAA